CCUCCAUUGCCCCUCAUCCUGAAUAUUAUUUUGCGUUCCUGAGUCCGGUUAUCCUGCCCGAUAACUGCCCGCAGAAGAUGUCCACCAAGGCUGGCCGGUUUGCUGCAAAAGCCCUGGGGAUCGAUCUGACAUCUAAUCCUCCCUUGGAUGCUCGCGAUGCACCGGUUCUGCCCGAGCAGACUGGCUCCUAUGUUGAGGUCGAGCCGACCGCGGGCGAAUGGCUGCGAGGGCUGGUUCCCUCGGGCCAGCAGGUCUACCACUACUUCUACAGCAUGUUUCCGUUUCUGCACUGGAUCAUGAGCUACAACCUUCAAUGGUUCAUCGGAGAUCUGAUCGCAGGUGUUACGGUUGGAGCGGUGGUCAUUCCCCAGGGCAUGGCCUACGCCAUUCUGGCCAAGCUGCCCGCGGAAUAUGGACUGUAUUCGUCCUUCAUGGGCGUCCUGAUCUACUGGUUCUUUGCAACCUCCAAGGAUAUCACCAUCGGACCGGUGGCCGUCAUGUCCACUCUUGUAGGUACCAUCAUCAUCGACGUCCAAGCGAAAUACCCCGGUGUCGAAGCGACAACCAUUGCUCAAGCCCUGGCCAUCAUCUGCGGUGCCAUCACAACCUUUAUCGGCCUGUUCCGACUGGGCUUCAUCGUCGACUUCAUUCCACUUCCCGCUAUUACAGCCUUCAUGACCGGAUCCGCGAUCAAUGUCUGCGCCGGACAGGUCAAGACGAUGCUGGGGGAAACCGCUAGCUUUUCCACGCGCGGUGCCACAUACGAAGUCAUCAUCAACACUUUGAAGUACCUGCCCACGACACAGAUGGAUGCGGCGAUGGGGUUGACAGCGUUGGCAAUGCUAUAUGCCAUCCGCUCCGCCUGCAAUUAUGGAACCCGGAAGAUGCCCCAGAAGGCGAAACUGUUCUUUUUCAUCUCCACGCUGCGGACCGUCUUUGUGAUCCUGUUCUAUACCAUGAUCAGCGCGGCGGUCAAUGUGCAUCGUCGCCACAACCCGGCCUUUAAGAUGCUGGGCAAGGUUCCGUAUGGCUUCCAACACGCCGGCGUCCCCAAGAUCAACGUGGACAUUAUCAAGACCUUUGCUCCGGAGCUCCCCGCGGCGGUGAUCGUGUUGGUCAUCGAGCACAUUGCGAUUUCGAAAUCGUUCGGUCGCGUCAACAACUAUACCAUCAAUCCUUCCCAGGAGUUCAUCGCCAUUGGUAUCGCCAACCUUCUGGGGCCUUUCCUGGGCGGGUAUCCGGCCACGGGGUCGUUCUCUCGCACGGCCAUCAAGGCCAAGUCCGGCGUGCGGACGCCUCUGGCGGGUGUCAUCACAGCCAUUAUCGUCCUUCUCGCCAUCUACGCUCUGCCCGCCUUGUUCUUCUUCAUUCCUAGCUCCUCCUUGUCGGCGGUCAUCAUCCAUGCGGUGGGUGACCUGAUCGCCCCGCCGCGCGUGCUCUACCAAUUUUGGCGGGUGUCGCCCUUGGAUGCCGUGAUCGCCUUCAUCGGGAUUAUCAUCAUCAUCUUCUCGACGAUCGAGAUCGGCAUCUACUGCACCAUCUGUAUGUCGCUGGCGGUGCUGCUGUUCCGUCUCGCCAAAGCCCGGGGGCAGUUCCUGGGUCAUGUUCAGAUCCAUUCUGUUGUGGGCGACCACCUGGAGGAAACCGGAUCCAGCAAGGAAUUCAACCCUGCUUCCCAGCUGGCAUCCUCCCGAACUGCCUUUCUGCCCCUGGCGCAUACCGAUGGGUCUAACCCGGCCGUGCCCGUGCUGCAGCCGGCCCCGGGGAUUUUCAUCUACCGGGUGUCGGAAGGCUUCAACUACCCCAAUGCCAACCACUACACCGACUACCUGGUGCAGCACAUCUUCGAGACCACGCGACGCACGAAUCCCUCGUUGUAUGCCCGCCCGGGAGACCGGCCAUGGAACGACCCGGUUCCCCGCAAGUCGGAAAGCGAGGACCUCUCGCAAAAACCGGUGCUGCGGGCCGUCAUCCUGGAUUUCUCCGCGGUGAACAACGUCGACGUGACCUCGGUGCAGAACCUGAUCGAUGUACGAAACCAACUCGACCGAUAUGCCGCGCCGGAUCGGGUGCAGUGGCACUUUGCGCACAUCAACAGCCGGUGGACCAAACGCGCGCUGGCGGCGGCAGGGUUUGGCCGGCCUUCGGAAGAGACCCCGAUGAAAGCGAUCUUCAGUGUGGCCGAUGUGAGCGAAUAUGCAGAGGUGCCGAAGCGGGUCAGCGACAUUGAGUCCCAAGAUGGCACGGUGGUGGGAGGGGAGGAGAUUUCGAAGCAGACUGCCGGCGGAGAUGACAAGACGUCGGGGAUGUUGAGGAUCCGCGAGCGACGCGGAGAGUACAAGAGGGCGGUGGCGGUGGUGACUGGGGUCAACUUGCCCUUUUUCCACCUGGACUUGACGAGUGCGCUGGAAUGUGCGGUGGCCAGCAUGUCGGAGCACCCCAGCAAGGCACCAGCCAACUGAUACCCACUUUGAUGAUUAGUUCUUUAGAUUAGUACCUAAUGUUAUGACCCGUAUAGACCGAUGUAUACC